AUGGAGAUGAAGUUUGUCUUCAUCAACGUCAAAGAGCCAAAAGACGCCCUCCAGCUUGCCAAAGAGACGGAGGUCCGGUCUCAUGUGACGCGUUAUCAAUGGAAGCGGUUUGCGCAUCGAGACAAGCGAAACCAGAAGAAAGCAUUAGUAGCGUCUCGGGAUGUGAAUGGUAUUGAAGGUCAGAACGACCCCGGGUCCAGGUCUUCUACUCUGGAGCCAAUCCCAAUAUCACCUCAAAUAGGCGGGCUCCGAGUUGACCCUUUCCGAUCAUAUCCUAUCUCGGCCCAACCUUGGAUUCCGCUGCUUGUCGAUCACUACUUGCUACACAUGGCAGUUGAUAUCCCCGAGCUUGACCUGCCCGGAAAUCAUGGCCUUUUGAGGACCAGUUGGUUUCCUUUAGUGAUGACCGAUCCUGCCUUAUUCUCCGUCAUCAUGCUCCUCGCUGCAUCGCAUUAUGCCUCUCUACAGGACCACCCUACCAGUAUGAGACUAGACCUCCUCGGCCUUCGCUAUGAAGCUGUAUCAUCCAUCAAUCGCGGCUUUGAAACCCCGCUGUCCGAGACUAUAAAUGAUGCGUUGAUAGGGGCCAUAGCAAAAAUGGCAAGCUAUGAAGCCAUGUUCGGCAGCCUCGAUAAUUACAAUGUCCAUAUGCAUGGUCUCGCACGAGUGAUUAGCCUACGAGGAGGUCUUGCGUCAUUGGGUCUGAAUGGCUUGCUCAAGCGGAUCGUGAUUUGGAUUGACCACAACGCCGCUUUUUUGCAUGGAUCGGCGAUGUAUUUUGCAGAGAGUAGCUUUAUGCCGGGUGAAGGGUUGCCAGAUCCGAAUCCCGGUCACUUUCUCGGAAGCUCGUGA